AUGCUUUCGUAUCCACCUCCACCAAUGCCUCAAGAGGCUAUACCUAAUCAAAUGAUCCGCAUUCGCAUAGAUAAUAUACCCCCAGCAAAGAAUUGGAGGCAUAUAAAGGGGUUUUUAACCCAGUUUAUUCCAUAUGAACAAGUUCUUAAUGUUAGGGUUCUUCCGUUAAUGCCAUCAUUAACUCCUCCUUUCAUGCCACUGCAAAGUUGCAUCGUUCUGUUGCAGCAGAAUACAGAUUGGCCAAGCUUAUUGAUGCAGUUGAACGGAUUGCAGUGGGAGUAUCAUACACUGAUGGCUAUUGUGCUUCCUAAUUUUAUACCUACUGAUGGUGGUGCCGGGAGAUUAGGGGGGGUAAGCCGGCCUAACAACUCUACUGGGUCAGGAGGCAAUGUAGAAAUCCGAUCUAGAGGUGGUGGUCGCUAUGAAAACCAGCAAGAUACUCCUGUACGCGGCAUGCGGAGGUCAAUUCAUUCUGAUUUUGAGCCUCCAGAUAUAUCUAGUUUGACCCUUAAUAAUUCUGUUCCACACCAUUCACGACGUCUGGCACAAAUAUUCAACGAGAAUAGUUUUAGACGGCAAAUGUCGCAAAGAAACAUGCAUCAGCUUAAAGUAUCUAAUUUCCCUCCAUGUUUGCAUUGGGACGAAGUUGUAAAGACUACUAGUGUUGCUGCGUCUGAUUCUGUCGCUAAAGAGGGGGGUGAGGAAAGUAAGAGCGCGACUGCAGAGGGAUCCGACGCUUCUGAAGGUAAGAAAACAAACUCAGCACCAGGGCCACAACCGCAUGUCCUUCAAGAUGAAAAGAAUGAGAUUGUCCCCGAUCUGACUAUCAUGACGUCGCACCCAGAAAGAUUUGGUAAACUAAAAUGGACUAUCCUUAAGGAUUUUAUCAAGCUGAAGUGUCCUAAACUCCUUGAAAUGGAAAAUAAAUCCCACGGGGCAGUACUGUCAAAUACGCGAGAGUUUUAUGUUGGGGUAUAUGAAGAUUCAAGUAUUCGUGUAGAAAUUAUUUUAUUGCCAGAAGGCGAACCGGACAAGAUAAUUGAAGGACCCUUGUCAUCGGAACAAGAGAACGAAUUAAAGAUAGAUAAGACAAAGCGCUUUAAGGUACAGGCUACGCUAUUCAAAGCAGUGCUUGGUUUUCAUUCAAAGCAAUUAUGCGAUUUAUGCCUUGAAGCCAUGCAUGAUGAAGAAUACAUGCUUGAGUACAAGCUGCAAGUAGAACGGUUACCAAAAUUAAAUACUUUAUGA